UGAUUCAUCCCUGGGCCGGAGUCGGCUGCGCCGUGGGGCUCUCUGGCCGCCGCUGCCGCCGCUGCUGGGUGGAGGGAUUGGGCCUCCCGGGACGUGUCCUUGAGCCUCUUUGGCAGCCCCAUGGCCGGGGGCGGGGGGGCGGAGAGGGAAUGGGGGGCUCUGAACAUCCCAGAGCCCUGGCCCAUCUCUGAGCAGAAACACGGGUGCUUCAAGGAUGACCGCAUCGUCUUCUGGACCUGGAUGUUCUCCACCUACUUCAUGGAGAAGUGGGCGCCGCGGCAGGACGACAUGCUCUUCUACGUGCGCCGCAAGCUGGCGCUCGCGGGCAGCGAGGGCGCCCCGGACGGGAGGAAGCCGGCGGAAGCCGAGCCCGAGGUGGAGGUGGAAGUGUACCGGCGGGACUCCAAGAAGCUGCCAGGCCUUGGAGACCCCGACAUCGACUGGGAGGAGAGCGUCUGCCUGAACCUCAUCCUGCAGAAGCUGGACUACGUGGUGACAUGCGCCGUGUGCACGCGCACCGACAGCGGGGACAUCCACGUCCACAAGAAGAAAUCCCAGCAAGUGUUCGCAUCUCCCAGUAAACACCCCAUGGACAGCAAAGGGGAGGAGUCCAAGAUCAGCUACCCCAACAUCUUCUUCAUGAUUGACAGCUUCGAGGAGGUGUUCAGCGACAUGACCGUGGGGGAAGGAGAGAUGGUGUGUGUGGAGCUGGUGGCCAGCGACAAAACCAACACGUUCCACGGGGUCAUCUUUCAGGGCUCCAUCCGCUACGAGGCGCUCAAGAAAGUGUACGACAACCGCGUGAGCGUGGCUGCCCGCAUGGCACAGAAGAUGUCCUUUGGCUUCUACAAGUACAACAACAUGGAGUUUGUGCGCAUGAAGGGGCCACAGGGCAAAGGCCAUGCUGAGAUGGCGGUCAGCCGCGUGUCCACUGGUGACACGUCCCCCUGCGGGACCGAAGAAGACUCCAGCCCGGCUUCGCCCAUGCACGAGCGGGUGACCUCCUUCAGCACGCCCCCGACCCCCGAGCGCAACAACCGGCCUGCCUUCUUCUCCCCGUCCCUCAAGAGGAAGGUGCCGCGGCACCGGAUCGCGGAGAUGAAGAAGUCCCACUCGGCCAACGACAGCGAGGAGUUCUUCCGCGAGGACGGCGCCGGGGCCGAUCUGCACAGUGCCACCAACCUGCGGUCCCGGUCCCUGUCUGGCACGGGGCGCUCCCUGGUGGGGUCCUGGCUGAAGCUGAACAGAGCAGACGGGAACUUCCUUCUCUAUGCACACCUAACCUACGUCACUUUGCCGCUGCAUCGGAUUUUAACAGACAUCCUGGAGGUCCGGCAGAAGCCCAUCCUGAUGACCUAGCCGUGCGCGGGGCCUGCGCCGAGCCCCCAGCCCUGCCCAGUCCUGGGAGUGCUGCCAAGUGCCUACCUGUCCACCGCCACUGGGGUCUUCGGGGACCACCCAGUGCCGGAGCCAGAACCAGGCGGGGCUGCUCGACUCCCGGGGCCAGGGCCGACUCCACGAACACCAGCCCAAACGGAAGUGCCUCGUUCUCCCUGCUGGCUCCGCUCCCACCCUGCGCCCACCCAGCACCCCCCAGCCCAUCUCUGAGAAUGCUCUGCACCCAAAGAGGACCAGAGACACCAAGAGGCUGUAACAGAGCAGAGGAGCAGCGGCAUCCAGAGCGCCCAGACCCCCGCGUGCCGCAGGAGCCCAGGCAGAGCCCCGCCCCCCUCCCCGGGGGCACCCGGUGGGUCAGGCCGGGGUCAGGUUUGGCAGGGCCGUACUGUGAGCUUCAGCAUCCGAGUCCGCCCCCGUCACCCGUCCCCUGCUUACCACUUGGUUGUAAGUGGGUCUCUGCCGGGAGCCAGGCGCCCUGCUGUCGGACGGCUUUGCUCUGGGCUGGGAAUACCUCACCCUGCGCCUGGUCCCCGAGGGCCCCGAUCCCGCCAGAAUGGCCUUCGCUUCCAGCCAAAGAGCAUCACCAACACACACACCUCCAACGUGGAGACAACCCGUUCGCACCUCGGCUGGCACGACCCGCGGGUUUGGAUUCUGAGGGCAGCCGGGAGGGCUUGGCAGCCAGAUGGCAGAAGGGCAGGGCCGGCAGCCCCCGGAAGGCUCCAUCCUCUGAGGCUGCAGGAGGGGACAGGGAGUUUCACCUUCCCUGGUUUCCUAGAGCUCUUCUCCUGGGGCGUGCUGGGUCCGUUUCUCAGACCAGUCACUGAGGCAAAGAGCUGGUCUGGUCUGGUCUGGUCCGUUCGGGUGGGCAGCCGUCCAGCCCGGCCUGACUCCAGCCUGAGGGGCUUCCAUCUAAGAUGACACGUGUGCUCUUCCCAAGAGCACGAGCCCCGGAGAUCAGAAGUGGUCCUCCUUCCACCGGGAAUGAGCCGUCGGCUGGGUCUCUGCUGUUUCGUCCGCGUCCUCGGGAACAUUCACAGGGUUCUUGCUCUGCGGUUAGAGGUUCUCGGGGACAUGUUUUCCUGUCCAUUUCUAUUCUGUGCGCUCCAAGGGUUUGCGCUGGGCUCCGGGAACAGGGGACUACUUUGGGGCUUUCUCCAGAUUUUGUAUGCUGUUAUUAAAAGCGAGCUAAUGCAUUUCA